UGUUCCCUGGCCGAGGCGGGCGGCGGUAGCUAUGGCGGCCGUGACCGAUGUGCAGCGGCUGCAGGCCCGGGUGGAGGAGCUGGAGCGCUGGGUGUACGGACCGGGCGGGUCACGCGGCUCGCGGAAGGUGGCUGAUGGCCUGGUCAAGGUGCAGGUGGCUUUGGGGAACAUUGCCAGCAAGAGGGAGAGGGUGAAGAUUCUGUAUAAAAAGAUUGAAGACCUGAUCAAAUACCUGGAUCCUGAGUACAUUGACCGCAUCGCCAUACCUGAUGCCUUUAAGCUGCAGUUCAUCUUAGCAGAGGAGCAGUUUAUCCUCUCCCAGGUUGCGCUCCUAGAGCAAGUGGAAGCUUUGGUGCCCAUGCUGGACAGUGCUCACAUCAAAGCCGUUCCUGAACAUGCCGCCCGCCUGCAGCGCUUGGCCCAGAUCCACAUCCAGCAGCAGGACCAGUGUACGGAGAUCACAGAGGAGUCCAAGGCUCUGCUGGAGGAAUACAACAAGACUAUAAUGCUUCUCUCCAAACAAUUUGUGCAGUGGGAUGAGCUACUUUGCCAACUAGAGGCUGCCAAGCAAGUGAAGCCGGCAGAGGAAUGACGACUUCUCCCCACCCCAGGGCAGGCCAGGGCAGCCAGGCUCCAGAGCCCUGUGCCAACCUGUCCUUUUAACAGGGCAGAGGCAGCUCCGUAUUUAUUGGAUUCAUGGCCCAACUGCCCCCACUUUGUUGGGGCUCUGAGGUCAGACAGAGGUCUUGCUACUUGAGAUUUGGUAUUUGCAAAACCUGCCGCCCCCCCCACACACACACACACAUUAGAGCCCUAUUCUAGUGAUAAUAAACAGUAGCGGUCACUGGAGGAGUGUGCUGGCUUCUUGUCUAG